UCAGGCACACCAUGCUAUCCUUCCACCGUGGUGCAUGUCAAGUUAAUCGUUAUCUUUUCUAACCUGUCGUAACCUCACGAGUUGAGACACAGUCGUGCAUACUGUAGAUGAAGGAAAAAUAAAUCGAAAUGUGGCUCGUAUUCUCGUCGUCGUAACCACAGCAUCGAAAGUACGAAACGUUGAAUACCUGUAUUCGUUGAUUCCGUUAUCCAUUAAAAGGGAAGAAAAGGAGAUGAAAUCGUUCGUUUUAGUCAGACUAACGGAGAUGAUUACCGCCAAUGUACUAUCGUGAUUUAGUAUUUUAUUUACUGUGUUGUGGUGGGGUACGCUUUCACGAAAUUUGAGUUGCUGCGAUCAGCUGUGCUACGAAUAUGGCUUCAUCGAACAGGGGUAUACAAAUUGGCUCUGCCUGGUUUCAAAAAAAAAUCAACCUCAGACCACAACAUCGAGGAGUCCACUUGGUCACUGAAGAAAUAUUACGACAGAUUCCAGAGCUUUGUCAAUUUUCUGUAGGCCUGUGCCAUAUACAAAUUCUUCAUACGUCCGCCAGUUUGGCAUUGAACGAAAGUUGGGAUCCAGACGUGAGAGAUGACAUGGAAAUGAUGCUCAACAAAAUCGUUCCAGAAGGAAUGCCUUACAGACAUAGCUGUGAAGGUCCAGAUGAUAUGCCUGCCCAUGUGAAAGCUUGUUUUCUGGGCUCAUCCCUGAGUAUUCCAAUCACAGACGGGAAGUUGGCAUUAGGGACGUGGCAAGGCGUCUGGCUCUGCGAGCAUCGUGAUCACGCUGGUAGCCGUAAGUUGGUGAUUACGUUAACCGGUUGCUUGAGAGACUCGGCACGAAGCCCCUUGAGCCCUGUUAGUCCAAUCGCCUCUACUAGCAGCUAGGACCACUCUCACCGCCGACGAAGUAGCAAUCUCCAGCUGCGCAUCUCCACAUCUAGCGAUUCGAGCUAGCAGCCGCCUAACUUUAGCUGAACCCUAAGAGUACGACAUGCUAAGAAAAAAUGGAUACCCAAGUAAUGAUGUAAAGCAGAUUGUAAUUAGGAUUCCAUGUUGUAAGGACAAAUUGGGAGUGCACUAUUAGUGUUUCCAAAACUAUUACAUUCAGGGCAUUGAAUAUGUAGAAAUUUGUGAUAUUGAUAUUGAUUAUUUGAAUGAUAUAAAUAUACAAUUGCGUUCUAUUGUUAGCCUUAACCCACUUUGCUGAAUUGUUAAUUUGGAUGAUGGAUAGUUUCCGAUUGUUCGAAUAGAUACAUCUGGUAUAUGUACGGAAAGUUCAAUUACUCCAUAUAGAUUUGUAUCCAACAUUCUUGCUUCGUACUCUUAGUUACAACACUCAUCGGUUACGUUCUGGUAUAAUGUGUCCAAUGUAAAUAUAUAUCGUGUAACGGGAAUUCAGUUGCUCUCCACAGGCCAGCAUUAUUCUCGAAAUUAUGUUCUGUCGUAUAUACUUUUAAUGUAAUAGUCACAUAAAUUGGUAAGCUGAUCAAUCUGCUUUAAUCUGCGCAUGAACUUGAGAUGAAUCAAAUAUUUGUCAUCAGCUCUUCUGGAGAUGCUGAUUUAUUGAAAGCAAUGGAGUCGGUAAUACGACAAGCUGAGGGAAGAAAGAACCAUUAGUAUUGGUACCCUAAACUUUAAAAAGGGUGCUUUCGUUUUAUACGGUAUGAGCGGCAAUUGCGUUGUAAAUAGAUUCUGUUAAAGCCGUAAUAAUUUAAAAAUAACGAAUUUCUAGGAUGCUCGGGCUUGGAUGAAAAUCAGUAAAUGUAAAAUCGAUGCUGUUCGUGUUUGGGGCGUUAAAAAUUAUGUACGCCAAUUCUACUUAGAGGCUGAUUUCGAAGGCCUUACUACACAAAAAUCCUUGCUGGUGUAACACUCCAAUAUAAGUAGAUUGUCUUUCUCAGCUGGUCGUAAUUUUUCUGGGGACGAUUACCUAAGAAAAUUAUGUUAUUUACGCUAAAAUAACCCACAGCUGUGAUUAGUCGAUUUGCCCAGAUUUGAUUUAUUGCGUACGUAGUUUCAUUUGAAAACAUCGAGAGAACGUGUCCAGAUAUGUGUGUAUGUGAACAUUCGGAAAGGAUAUAAAAAACUCUCGAGAUUGUGAAUUUCCCAAAUUGAUCCACCAGAAACAAUGUUACUGUAAUCGACUUUAUAAAUAAAUUGACAAUUUCGCGUA